AUGGCUCCAGACCCCCACCAGGCGCCUCUACCAGUCCAUGAUGCCGCAGACGCCCCAGCCCCUUCUCUAGCCCAUCGAGGGAGAGGACAAGGACGUACCAAGGCGGAAUUCGACCAGAUCCUCCUCGAGGAUUAUCUGCACAAGCAGCUUCUAGACUCCGAUGCGAUCCUCGACGACCAUGGCCCGACGAGUCGCACCGCCCACAUUACCAAGACCCUGCUGGCCCAGAAGGAGGACUACUACAAUGUUGCCAACACGUACCGGCCGUACUUUCCCCCAAGUCGACUAUACGGCCCGGGCUACGCUGGCUAUGGCAACGGGACAACAGACGGGCCUCCGCGGAUUCUGUACCCCCACAACAAGCCUAGGCUGGGUCACAGGAAGACGCCCAAGAUGCGCCAGAAGCGCAAAGACGUCGCUAUACAGGCAGAGCAGGAGGAAUGCCUGAUGCCUGUGCGGUUAGAAAUCGACUGGGACAAACUCAAGCUACGAGAUACCUUUACUUGGAAUUACCAUGAUCGGAUUACAGACAUUCAGAUCUUUGCGACUGGCCUGGCCGAGGACUUUGGAUUGACGGGUCCGGCCGCUGCUCCAGUUGUUGAACAAAUUACCACCCAGCUGCGCGAACAGCUCAACGAUUUCCACCCGAUCACUGAUCCGCCCCAAGAGCCACUGAUGUCUGACCUUCCAUACUCGGCAUACAAGAACGAGGAAUUGCGGAUUCUCAUCAAGCUUAACAUCACCAUCGGACCGCAUACUUUAGAGGACAAGUUUGAAUGGGACAUCAACAACACCUUGACAUCGCCGGAAGAGUUUGCGCAGUGUAUAGCCCGUGAUUUGGCUCUAUCGGGAGAAUUUACGACCGCCAUUGCACAUUCCAUACGGGAACAGUGUCAAUUGUUUAUACGAAGUCUGUUUAUGGUUGGAUAUCCGUUCGACGGGCGCCCAGUAGAAGACGCUGACUUGAUUGCUGCGUUUCUUCCUUCCCCGUUGACAUCCGUAUUCCGUCCCCAGCAGAUCGCGAAAGACUACCUGCCGUACUUAUACGAGACGACAGAACAGGAGUUAGAACGCGGAGAGAUAAUUUGGUCGAGAGAGCAAAGGAGGCAGAAACGGUCUAUAAACAGAAGAGGAGGCCCCACACUACCAGAUUUAAAGGACAGGCAAAGGACAGUACGGACAAUGGUGGUCUCAUCAGUCAUUCCUGGAUGCGCCGACACAGUCGAGGAAAGCCGGCUGUACAAACAUGUUACUGGGGCUGGGAGAUCCAAGCGUCCGGGCCGAGAGGGCGACCUUUCGGAAUCAUCUGACGAGGAAGAUUCGAAUCCUGACUCCCCAGCUCUGGCAUUGCAACAAGGAACAGCGAGGACGAGGCAUAUGCGAGGAGCUGCUACCGCUGCGCAGCAACGCAUGGCCAACUUAGGAAGGUCCGAAACUCCUGAAGCAGCUGUACACCAUCACGAAACGAGAACCUCUGCUCGAAGAUUGGUUGGCCGUGAUGCUCGUGAUGAAAGCGAGCCACUUACGCUGAUUGUGAAGUUGAAGCUUGGAAAAGAGAGGAUGAAGAAGUUCGAUCGGGCAGUGAAAGCUGGUCGUUCAGCGACCUCGCAACAACCAGAGGCUGUUCAGCGUGCCAUGUCUACUCCUGGCCCAAGUGCAGCUCCACGACCUGGCUCAAUGGGUCCGCCGCCUUCAACUCCAAAUGCCCAGAGCCAACCUAUACCACCGUCAACGACUCCGGGACCAAUGGGGCAAAUAGGUCGAGUCGAUGCACCACCCCCCGUGGGAGGGCAAAAUCCACCCUCACCAAUCGCGUUGGAGCUCGAAAAGUUUCGAGGACACUUGGCUUAUAUUUCCUACACAUUGAUGCCAGCGACGUUUGCUAACAACAACCAGCCUGCUCCGGCAUGGCUUACGGCUGGUCUCAGGGAUCUUCUAAAGGUAUAUCCUAAUGACCGAUUUGAAGGCGUUAUGAAAUACACUGCGGUCAACAAGGUUACUGAGCUACCUACUGCAGCCCCGCAGCCAGGCCAAAGCUCUGACGGGGUAAAGUAUAUGUUUCUACCACGGAUAAGGUGCAACGACUGCCCCGGAAAGCUGUACACACCCGGUCCGGAGAGAACAGUUGGUAACUUCGAGGUUCACUUGAGAAAUCGCCAGCACCGAGACAAGGUAAAUGCGAGGAUAGGUGUAAGCCAAGUGUCUAAUGGAUCCUGA